GAUUGCAGCCACAUGCACUGGCCCCUCUGUCCGCUAAUGGCCUUGAGACGUGCCUCGGAGUCCCCGCUGAGCUUUCGGGAGUGGUAGUGGAUGCUUCGAACUCGAAAGCACCCUCAGAGAGCUUUGUAUCGAACGGCUCCCGGGAUGUUGUCAACCCACAUCUGGAGACUUACAUUCAGAUCUUGGCAUCGAUGCACCCGACGAGGCCAGACAUCGUCCGAGGGAUUCCGGUGUGCCAAGCUCUGCAGCGCACACCACGCAUGUGGGCCCGUGGAGAUCUCGACGCUCUCCAUGUGUACAGCAAGGCGGUGCUCGAACUCGACGAGUUUUGGUCCCACAGCUGGCGCACGCCGGGGUGGCUGAAGUACGUCAGCAUACUGUUCUUGCACAGCAGUUUCCCUGCUUGUGUGGUGGGUACACUGAUUGCCUUAGCAUCCUUCGUGCUGUCUGUGGCUGAUAUCCUUCCGACGUGGGCUAGGGGGGAGUAUGAAUCCGGAUGGUGCGUCCUCACGGGUGCUGUGAGCUACUACCUGACUUUGCUGCUUUGGCGCAGGGAGAAGUUGGCUUUCCUCGACAUUGCCUGCAUCAAUCAGGUAGACGACCAGCUGAAGACUGAGGGCUUGGUCAGCAUGGGUGCUAUAUUGAAGCGCUCGAAGUCGCUUUUGGUUCUUUGGGAUUCCUCUUACACCUCUAGGUUUGUUGGCCCCACAUUACUGCUGGGGCACCUCGGUUUGAGCAUACUCCUGCUAGCCUUCGAAUUUUCGCAGCUGCCAAUGAUUCCUUGGGGUACUAUAAUCAUAUGUGGUCUGUGCUUCCCCUGCUUCACAGCGCUCGCAUAUGUGGUCCUCGAACAUUGUCGCAGCAUAGAUGUGGUGCAGAAUCAAGUCCGCUAUUUCACCAUUGAGCAAGCUUUGUGCUACUGCUGUUCCUGCGGUCACACCGACCCUCUCACAGGUGAGCCCACGAUGUGUGAUCGAAGCAUUCUGAUUCGUUGCAUUUCGUCGUUUGGCUCCGCCGAGCAGUUCGAGACUUUGGUGCGGCACCAUGUCCACCAACUUGCGAAUAACGUUUUCUCAUAUUGGCGCAUUUUGCAGGCAAUCAGCCCUCUGUUUUGGGUAUUUCUCGACUUCUGGAUUGGGCCCAUCGCAAGGGACUUUGUGCCAGUAGACAUCGUGAUUGCAGCUGUGAUAUUUUGCAUGAUGAUGAUACCAAGCAUAGUUCUGAUUCUACUCCGAUUGGCCUACAAGUUUCGAAACCUUGCCGCUGGGGUGCGACAGCAGCUGAUGCUGUCAGUGGGACUGGUAUCGAUAGGCAUGCUGCUUUUCGCGACGCUGAUGGCGGCGGACCGUGCAAGCGCGGCGCUCUCGUGGCAUCUUUGCGGUUAUGCAACUCCUGGGUAUGCGACUCUUUUGAUACUUUCGGGUAUCCUCAGUGUCUUGCUGUGGCGCUGCUUGCCUUUGAUUGACACGCAAAAUAUCUGUCCAGACGUGCGGUGA